AAGCAUGUAAUCCUAGCUUCACUAUCAAAUAACAACAACACAAAACAACAACAGCUGUUGUGUAUAAACUAACCGCUGUCAACAUUUAGCCAGAACAGAUCAUUUAUAUUAACUUGAACUGACAAUGUCAUUUAUUUCUCAUUAGUAGAUGUGUUAGCAUCAUAUCUUGUUAUAGUCUCUAUAGGUUGAUAUUUAGAUCCUUUAUGCACAUUUACAUUUAGGGCAUUUAGCAGACACUUUUAUCCGGAUCCAAAUAUGAUCCGGAAUGGAAUUAGAUAACUAGUACUAUAUCACUACUAAUUAUAACGAUAAAAACUAAAUAAAUCAUGAAAAAGUAAAUGCCAAACCCUAACGGUCGAUAUACAACAAAAUGUUCUAUAAUCGAUAUAGCCUACUCAAUAGUGUAUGAAAUAAUAUUGUAGUCAUCCAUUACUGUACAUCCUGUUGUGUUCCUUCAUCCUCCUCCUCUGUAAUAAGAUUAGACGCGUGCGGUCAUAAUGAACAGUCUCUGUUCUCUGUCACAUCCAGUCUUAGAUAAUGGCUUCAAACCUUUGACAAACCUAUGACUCAAACCUAUAACUGCUCCACUGAGUUUAUACUUACAUUCCUGACCUUAACUGACAAUAAUAUUGUCGGAAUUUACAUUUAACACUUUGAUUAUGUUUUAUAUUUAAUUUUGAUUAUGAAAGAUUUCAUAUCAAGAAAAUCAUUAGAUCAGAUUUUUUCUUAUUCACAGUUAGUUUAAAAGCCAUUUAUAUUAAAUGUAUUUUAUUAUCUAGUCUUGUUAUUAUUGAAUCUCACUGUAGAUAUGUCAAUGUUAUAUUUUGUUAUUUAUUAUAUAGAAUGUAAGUGAUUUUUAAUACCACAAACAUCUUUGUUUUCAUUUGGAUCAAUUAUUUUACAUAUGCAAAAUGACUUUUGAAUCCACAUAACCAGAUUAGGUUUAGUGAAUGUAGCCCUUAAUCGUCUUAACAUGUUAUUGGGUUAAACAUAAAGCAUGUCCCACUGACUAAUGCUGCCUGAGCUGUUGAUUAUGCUAGCUAGGUCGUUAGCCUGAUUCUGUUUGAAUGAGGGCAAACAUAAACACACUGCCUGCUUAUUAGUGAGACGCUGCUUAUUGAAGUGUGAGAGGCACGGGGGGAGAGUGGGAACGGGAGCACGGGAGGAAGAGAUGGCGAUAGAGACACAAAGAGAUAAAUAGAUCGAGUGUGGUGGAGAGAAAGUGGUAGAGAGACAACGAGUGUAAUAGAUGUAGAGAGAUAGGUGAGAGAGACAGAGAGCGAGAGAGAGUCAUAGAGCAAUAGAAAGGGGAGAGAGGGUGGUAGAGAGACAGUCAGAUCGAUAGUGAUAGACAGAGAGAGAGAGAGAGAGGGGGGGGGGGGGGGAGAGAGGAGAGAGAGGGGCGUUCGGGGGAGCCUGACGACAUGCCCCUGGCUCUGCAUUGCUGACGAAAGCUGCUUAGCUCCUCAGUUGCCAUGGCAACCGCACAAGACCAGCCAGAGGAGAGAGGGAGAAAAAAAAGGGAGAGAGGCAAAAGGGGAGGGGCAUUGAAGGAGAGAGCAACAGAGGAGAAAGAGCAGGAUGGGAGAGAGAGAGAGGCGCGCGCGCGCGAGAGAGAGAGAGAGAGAGGGAGAGGGCAAUCGAGAGGGAAAGAGAGAGGCAGAGACAAACCUCCAGUGAAUGAGACAGAAAGACGGCGGAUUCAGCGGCAGCAGUGUGGUUCUGCAGCGGGACCGAAAUAGAUCUGAGAGGACUGGAUGUGCCGUCAGCUGACCGGCGACCCGUAACGGCAACAAAGCAACGUUCACGGCGUUCUCACAGCAGGAGAUCACACCGAGGGAGAGGGAGCGACGCAGGAGAGCGGCAUAACAGAACACAACAACAAGCCCCACGGAACAAAAUGGAUGUACAGUCAGACGCCUCGGACCCGCCGCCGAGCGACUCGCAGCCCGGCGGCAAGAAGAAAGGCUUCAAGCUGUUCGGCAAACGCAAGCCGGGCAGCAUCUUCUCCAUACGCGGCCGGGCGGAGGAGAAGGAGGCUGCGACGGUGGCCAGGAGCAAGGCGCCGGAGGGAUCGCCGGAGAGCGCCGCAUCCCCACCGGAGCAGGAGCCCGGGGAGACGGAGCGCGCGCCGGAGGUGCGGGGCCCGGGCCCCAACGGCCAGGCGGACGGGGCGCUCCAGGACGAGGGGGUGUCCAUGAUGGCCGCCGCCCCCUCCCGCCCCUCCAUCUGCUCCAUGGGCUCCGUCAGGUCGAUGGGCUUCCUGCUCCGGCUGCGGGGCGGCGGGAAGGGGGGCCGGGGGGGGGAGCGCCAGGUGCAGACCGUGUCCCAGCCGCCGCCCGGGCGCCAACGGCGGGGCAUCAAGGGCCUCUUCAGCGGCGUCAAGUUCCCGCCGAACAAGGGCGACCAGGAGGAGGAGCGGGCGGGGGCGCCGCCCAGCCCGCUGCUCAUGUCGUCGCGCUCCAACAGCGUGGAGAUCAUCAAGGAGGACAUGACCCUCACGCCGAGGCCGCCGCGCAACCGCAACAGCUCCUCGGAGAGCGAGGGCCUGGGGCCCGCGUCGCACGACUACGGCUCGGCGGUCGUCCCCCGCACGCCCGUCUCGCUCGGCCCCGGGACCCCGCAGGAGCCCGGCGACGCGGGCCUGAGCUUCCUGCUCGCGGACAUCUCCUCGCUGCUGACCUUUGACUCCAUCACCGCGGGCGGAGACAUCAUGGCCGACGUGGCGGCCGAGUGGGACAAGGCCAGCGCCGCCAUCAGCGCCCGGGACACCGAGGAGGCCCCCCCCCCGACGGCGAGCCCGUCCCCCAAACCCGUCGUCCGCUCUUACCCCGCGGCGGCGUACGCCCCUAGCGUUAGCGCCGCGACGUCGACGAGACAGCACGCGGCCGCUCUCCCCCCCGCGACCCCUCCCCGCUCCUUCACGGCCACGGUACAGCCCACGGCGGCGCCCUCUUCAUUCACCCCCCCCGUCGCCGCCGACAUCAAGUCUUCCACCCUGUCCAGCCAUGCGUUCAAACCUCCCUCAGCGGCGUCGGCGUCUCCGGCCGCUGUCCCGAGCAGCUUCAUCACCGUGAGGUCGUCUGCUCAGAAACCCGCGGCGAUGCCCUCGUCGUCCCUGGUGACGCUAACGAGCUUCUCCACCCCGGCAGUGAAGACCUCCACCCUGAUCACGACCAGACCGCCGCUCUACCCCACGUCCGCCGCCGAGCCGACUCCGACCAAACCCCCCGGCGUCGCACCGCCCUACCGGAGCCCGCUGACCACCCUGAGCUCUGUGGCGGCGAAGCCGCCCGCAGAGGCCCCCGUCCCGGCCGCCGCCGCUGCGGCGCGGGAGCCCAGCCACGCCGCUCCGGCGCCGUUUACCUUCACCCCGGUGGCCUACACCCUCCCCUCCAACCUGCCCUUCAGUCCGGCUGAUAAACUGGAUUCUAGAAACGGCCCGAGUUACCAGAGCGCCUCGGCCAAACGACCUCCCUGUGUCCUCUCCAGUUUCACCGCAGGGGAGUCGAGGGCCUCCGUGCUGCUGACCUGUCCCGUGCAGGCCAAACCACCGUCCUCUGUCCCCCCGGCCGUUCUCCCCAAGACGACAGUGCUGCCCCCAGCCCCCUUACCCCCCUUACCCCCCUGCGCUCCAAGCCUCAUCACCUCCGACAAAUAUGCUCCCUCUUUCGCGCCCCCCUCCGUCCCUUCCGGUGUUUCCUCCGCACCGACUCCCGCAUCUUUCACCAAACCCCCGUCUGUCCCUGCGCCUGUCCCGCCCCGCACUACCUCGGUCACUCCGGCCGCGCACCCUGCUGCUGCCCCGGCCCACUUGGAUGAGACGCCAGCUGUCCCUGCUUCAGCUCCACUCCCGACCCCUCAGGCCGCUGCCUCCGCUCUGACACUCUCCUCAGGCCCUCGCCCGUCCGCCCCGGCUUCUACGGCCCCUCCCCUAGCUUCUAAAACCCCACCGCUCCCCAUACCCCCGCCGUUCUUUACAACCACCCCUAUCACCAGUACCCCGUCUCCUGUUACCCCAACCCCAUCUCCUGUCAGCCCAUCCCCUGCCCCUGUGACCUGUCUGUCAGCUUCUAAAGCCCCUACCUCAUCGUUUGUUAUCCCUAGCCCUCUCACCCCCGUUACCCGAACUCCAGACCCCCCUGUCAUCAAACCAGCCCCUGCUGCCCCUACCCAAUCUUCUAUUACCCCAACCCCAACCCCAGCCCCUAUGUCCUGUACCCCUGCUUCCAAACCCCCAACUCCAGCCUCUGUCAUCCCUACCCCUAUCCUCCCUACUCCGACACCUGUUCCCCGAACUCCGGACGCCAUGGUCCCUAAACCAGCCCCUAUCACCCCCACCCCCGUAUCAAUCCCAGUUCCUCUUCCAAAGACUUCUCCUCCUCCACCCACCACCACCCCCUCUGGCCCGGGGCGUGUGCAGGCUUCGGUAGAACCGCCUCCAGGGAGCCUGGCUGGGACGUACGACAAGGCAGCUCAGCGACCGGCCAGGAGAGAGGAGGCGGCCCCAGCCCCAGCAGAGCCUCACCAGACCGGCCUCCCGGGUCCCGUCAGGGAGAAGAGGCCGACCCCGGGGAAGCUGGUGGGACUGAGCAAGAUACCCAUCGUGGGCGGGGGACGGGGGGGGAAGCCGCCCGUCCGGGACGCCCACCCGCCCCCGCACGGGGACGACGGGGACAGGAGCCCCGACUCCUGCUCCACGCCGGGGCCUACGCCCGGACCCACGCCCGCGCCCACGCCCGCGUCCUCCCCGGUGGACGAGAGGCCCCGCCUCAGCCCACAAGACGGAAGAGGCAGAGGGGCCGGCGUCCCCACCCCCAGACCGUCCCAGCACCCGGAGGAGAGUCAGCUGGCUCCGCACCCGCAGCCGCCGCGGGCCGUCGCCAGCUCCCCGCGUGACUCCAGGAUCCCCGUGAAGCACGGCGCUCAGCCCACGUCACAGCCCCCUCGCUCCAAGAUACCCACGUCCAAGGUCCCCGUCCGCAGGCUGGGGGCCAGCAAGCCUGCGGUCGCAAGCACCACCGCCCCCCAGAUGAGAAAAUGAGAAGAGACGACGCUGUUGUUUGCGGUGCAAAGGAUAACACAUAUCAUCUGGUUCGGUACCACUUCCUCUUCCUCUUUUCCCCUCGGAUGGUAGACCCUCUGCACACCCUCUGCUAGCUGAACGGUCCUUUGUUGUUGUUUCUUUCGGAUUUUUCUGGCUUCACUAUAUAACUACGCACGCUGGUGGAGGUCACUCAAGCACAGAUCUCCUUGAUAAGAGACAACGCUGAACAACAUCAGCUGUUCCUCUUGACGCUGGGUCGACCGGACAUGCUCUCGGCUUUCUCGGGACGGACCUGUCCUGGAAGCAGGGGCAGUGGAACUGUUAUCAACUUUUCUUCCUUUGCAAGAAGUACUACAACACAAACAGACAAACACACACAGACAAUGGACAUGUACGGGCAAGUGCCUUUUUCAGGGUGCUUUUUCCUACAGACUCAAAUACAAAGUAUUUUCUACCGUCCUUUCAGCUUUUGUUACUCUCACUUUUUUAAGGGUCGGACCCUUUUUGUCUUUUCUUUCCAGCAGACCUCUCUAUUUGACGACGACAACCUACUAUGACUCUCCCUGUCCCUUUCUGGUCAUUUGUAAUCGCCGAGGGCGAUCAGCAGCAGGACCUCUGCAAGCCAAUGCAGCAAGCAAAUGUACAUCCCACGCCUGCCGUCGACCCCCCCCUGGAGCUAUGUAGCAGAAACCGAGCCCUCUCAGGCGGGAGGAGGACUGCGUCUCUUAGCCUGGCGUUUUGAACCACUUCUCUAUUGCACUAUAUACUACAUAAAUCUAUUGAAUUGUACAGCGCCUGUGUGGCUGCCUGCUCGGGCGUACCAUGAAAACAAAGCACACUGAGACUCUGAGAGAGGCUGUGCAGCCCGGCGAGGGGCAUGGAUAUAAAGCGGGUUCUGUGGACGAUGAAUGGUAGAGGAUGACCAGGUGGUUGGGUGGGGGGGGGGUGGGAGGGGGCUGGGGGGUUAUGGCGCAAGACUGUGGGGUGCUGUCAUUGGGUUUCUCAUCUCAUACGGUACAUGCAGUACAGAGGCCCACCCUCGGGUGGCUCACACUCUCACUCUCAUGACCAUCAUGCAAGGAUGAUAACGCCCAUAGCUACAUGUCUCUCUGUGUCUCUUCUAUGUUGUUAUGAUUCCUAUUUAAUCAAUAAAAUUGACAUGGUUACUCCA